GAGGUCCUACAAUGGAUUCCUGGUCACUGUGGUAUUAAAGGCAAUGAGCUUGCUGACACACUUGCUAAGAAGGGGACAAAGAUUUUGCAAUGCAUGGACCGACCGAUGUCUUUCCACACGAUGAAGGCCUUAAUCGGAAAAGAAUUCAAGACGCUCGAACAAAGGAGAAACAGUGGACAGUGGCACUCUCCGUUUAGAGGAGAAAUAGUGGACAGUGGCACUCUCCGACAUACCCGGCUUUCCAGACCUCAAGGUUCAACGAACUCAAAGCUCGAACAACAGAGAAACAGUGGACAGUGGCACUCUCCGACAUAG